AUGUUUACCUGUGGAAAUGAAGAAGUUAUAUCACAGUUAGCAGUUUGUGAUUCUUAUAAUGAUUGUUCUGACAAUUCUGAUGAAAAAUAUUGUGGAACAGCAUGUUUAAGUUCCCAGUACCAAUGUGCAGAUGGUUCAUGUAUACAAUUUACCUUCUUCUGUGACCACAUAGUGCACUGUAAUGAUGGAUCAGACGAACAUCACUGCCGAUGGGGAAGUUGUACAAACGGAGAAUGGCAGUGUGACAACAAACAGUGUAUUCCUUCAGCACAACGCUGUGACGUCACAAUCGAUUGUCUUGAUGGAUCGGAUGAGAACAGUUGUGGUAUAUAA